AUGGAAGUUCACGUCGGGCUGGGCAGGGUGUAUGCCCGGCCGCCGGGAAAAACUUUCCGCGGAGCUUUCCAGAGCCUUUUCCAGAGCGUCCGCGAGGCUUUCCAGAGUCCCGGCCCCAGUGGAGCGGGAGAGGAGGUCGGGCCCAGCAGCCAAGCAGCGGGCUCUCCUUCCGCAGGCCCGCCGGGCGCCGGUCUGCAAGAGCCCAGCCCGCGACAGCAGCAGCGGCAGCCCGGCUCCCCUGCUUACCUGCCGCUGGAUGAGGCUGCCGCAGGCAGCAAAGGGUUUCAGCCGGCCGAUCGCGAGUCCCAACCGGCGGGCGCCGCCGCCGCUUCCGCUUCCUCGGCCGCCCCUUCGUCCCUGGCCUUGCUGGCUCCCUCGUUCCAGAGCUGCUCCGGGGACCUGAAAGACAUCUUGACCGAGAGCAGCCUCCUGCCCGCGGUAGCGGUAGCGGCAGCGGAAGGGGAGCCGCGCGGCGCCGGGGCUGCAGGCGGCGGCGGCGGCGGCGGAGCCAGCGCGGCCAAGGAAGACUACUUGGGCGAGAGCGCCAAGGAGCUAUGCAAAGCCGUCUCUGCCUCCAUGGGCCUGGCGGUGGAAGCGCUCGAAGGGCCCGGCGGCGGCGAAGCGGCAUCGAGCCGCGGUGACUGCAUGUUCGCGCUGCCGGGCGCGCAAGCUCGGUCCGUGGCCCUGGGGGGCUGCAAAAUCGUCGAAGCCGAGCAGGAAAGCGGCGGCGGCGGCGAGGGCGCGCUGGCCAUGGACGUGCCGGGCCACCUCAGCCUCUUCAAGAGCUCGCCCGAGUUGGACGAGCCGCCGGCGGGCGCCUUCCAGAGCCGCGACUAUUACAACUUCCAGCUAGCGCUAGCCUCGCACGGCCGCAUCAAGGUGGAGAGCCCGCUGGAGUACGCGGCGGGCGGCAUCUGGGGCGCGCAGUACCGGCGCGCCGGGGAGUUGCCCGCCUUAGCGCCCCACUACGGCGCCCCUCCGGGCACGGGCUGGCACCCCUUCUUCGCGGAGGACGCGCAAGUCUACGGCCCCUGCGUCUCGGCCGAGGGCGCCGCCCCGACUACCUUCGGCUACGGCCGGGGCCAAGGGCCGACCGGCCAGGAAGGAGCCGACCUGCCUUCCGAGGUGUGGUAUCCCGGAGGCGUGAUGGGCAGGAUGCCCUUCGCUCCGGCGCCCGGCUGCAUCAAGACGGAGCUCGGGCCUUGGAUGGAGGGCUACGCGGGCGCCUACGGAGACGUGAGGCUGGAAACUGGAAGGGACCAUGUUCUGCCUAUUGACUAUUAUUUCCCACCCCAGAAGACAUGCUUGAUAUGUGGGGACGAAGCUUCAGGAUGCCACUAUGGAGCUCUGACCUGUGGAAGCUGUAAAGUCUUUUUCAAAAGGGCAGCUGAAGGUAAACAAAAGUAUCUCUGUGCCAGCCGAAAUGACUGCACCAUUGAUAAAUUCCGAAGGAAAAACUGUCCCUCCUGCCGCCUGAGGAAAUGCUACGAAGCAGGGAUGACCCUUGGAGCCCGCAAGUUAAAGAAAUUGGGUAACCUGAAGAUGCAAGAAGAAGGGGAAACAGCAGGGCCAUCGAGCCCCACUGAGGAGCAAGCCACGAAAAUGCCCAUCACGCACAUCGAUAGCCUGGAAUGCCAGCCUAUCUUCCUCAAUGUCCUGGAAGCCAUUGAGCCUGGCGUGGUUUGUUCAGGGCAUGACAAUAAUCAGCCUGACUCCUUUGGCUCCCUUCUCACCAGUUUGAAUGAGCUUGGAGAGAGGCACCUGGUACAUGUGGUGAAAUGGGCAAAAGCCUUGCCAGGGUUCCGUAACCUGCACGUGGAUGACCAGAUGGCCAUCAUUCAGUACUCCUGGAUGGGCUUGAUGAUUUUUGCCAUGGGAUGGAGGUCCUUCACCAAUGUGAAUUCCCGGAUGCUUUAUUUUGCUCCAGAUUUGGUCUUCAAUGAGUACCGAAUGCACAAAUCCAGAAUGUAUAGCCAAUGUGUCAGGAUGCGGCAUCUCUCCCAAGAAUUUGGAUGGCUUCAGAUUACUCCUCAAGAAUUUCUCUGUAUGAAGGCUCUGCUCCUCUUCAGUAUUAUUCCAGUGGAUGGCCUGAAGAAUCAGAAGUUCUUUGAUGAACUCCGGAUGAACUAUAUCAAGGAGCUUGACCGCAUCAUUGCCUGCAAAAGGAAGAACCCCACGUCUUGUUCACGCCGCUUCUAUCAGCUCACAAAGCUCCUGGACUCUGUGCAGCCCAUCGCCAGAGAACUGCAUCAGUUUACAUUUGACCUCUUGGUGAAGUCACACAUGGUGAGCGUCGACUACCCUGAAAUGAUGGCUGAGAUCAUCUCGGUGCAGGUCCCCAAGAUCCUUUCUGGAAAAGUGAAACCCAUCUACUUCCACGCCCAGUGA